AUGAUAACGAAUAUUGUAACUAAAACCAAUGAUGCAGGGUACUUCAGAAUUUUGGGAAAUGUCCGAAAUUAUCCAAAAAGACCUAUAUUCAUAAUAGAAGAAGUUUUUCCCUUCCUAGAUUACUUCACAUUCGAAUGGGAGAGGGCGUUUACACCAUUCAGUUUCAUAGAAUUUGUGCAUAACCAGUAUAUGACAUGCCCUAUAGUAGUGAUGAUAUACAUUUUAUUUUGCAAGUAUGGAUGCGCGUUUAUGAAAAAGAGAAAUGCAUUUAACUUAAAAUGGGGUGUAGCAAUAUGGAAUAUAUUCUUAUCUGUUUUUAAUAUAAUAGUAUUAAUAAAAUUAUUACCAGUUUUGUUGUAUAUACUUUAUAAUUAUUCUUUCAAUGGAUUAUUAACGAUACCACCAAUAUAUACAUGUGCAUUUGGACCAGUCGGAGCAUGGACAAUGUUGUUUAUAAUAUCUAAAUAUACAGAAUUAUUUGAUACUGUGUUUUUAAUAUUACGAAAAAAGAAUAUAACUCUAUUACAUUGGUUUCAUCAUGCUACUGUCUUGCUAUAUACAUGGGACACAUACUUUGUAGAACAACCCACUGGAUUUCUUUUCAUUUUUAUUAAUGCACUUGUACAUUUUAUUAUGUACUUUUAUUAUUUCUUAGCUACUAUUUAUAAUAAAGCAUUAAAAUGGAAUAUAUUCGUAACAUGUAUACAGAUUUGUCAGAUGCUCAUAGGCAUCUUAUUAACUAUUUAUUGCUUGUAUAUAACUUUUGUUUAUAAAUAUAAUACUAAUUGGAAUGUAGAACAUGUUAAAACCAUGAAGCAUAAUUUCUCUUUUGAUAAUGGUCAUUAUAUAUCAAGAAAGAACGUCAUAUUUGCCUCCCUUAUGUACCUGUCAUACUUGUACUUGUUUGCAAAGUACUUCUUUGAUAGGUACCUCCAACGGGAUACACGCUCAAAGAGUGCAUGA